UUCCCCGAAACCAAAACAGAAAAAAAGUAAAGUCCUGCUGGCAGCUGUCAACCACCCGUGGUCCCGUGGAAGAGAAGAGAGCAUCGCCGGACCCGGGGACGGCGCGCCGAGAAGGAACAAAAGAAGACGGCGGCGGGGCGGAGAUGGGGAGCCCUCUGGGCGGGUGGCCGUCAUACAACCCGCACAACUUCAGCCAGUUGGUCCCUGCCGACCCCUCCGCGCAGCCCUCGAAUGUCACACCAGCCACUUAUGUUGCGACCCACAGGACAGAUCCGCCACCCAAUCAAGGGCGUGUUAUUUGUGAGCAACUGGACAAUUCAAAACAUCUGAAUGGGUACUUCAGCCACAGACUUCUGGUGAGGUGCAGUGAUAACAGCAGAGAUAUCCCAAUUUGUAUAGCAGAUAAAUUGAUAACCACGGAGGCCAGGAACAUCCUGCUGAGGCACUUGUACCAGAAAUCCGAGGAGAAGGUGAGCAGCUACUGCUACUGCUACUGAGGCCAAAGAGAGCUGCGGCGGACAACCUCGCUCCGGAGAACAACAACAAGAAGCAGCCCAGGGGACCUGUGGGCGACGUCGGGGGCCAGUCGAGCGCAAGAAGCUGAAGACGCACAGCUGGUGGCCGUCCUCCCCUGCUUCUCAUCUAUCGGUGUCAUGCAGCCUGCAUCUCUCACUCACAGCUGAGCUGGUAGCUGGUGGUGGUUGCCCUCCCCUCCCCUGUGCGUCCUCUUCGCCUCUCACGUCUCGUAUGUACGUAUGGUAUGACCAGGAGAGCUAGUUUGCAUACAAUGGAUAUACUGGAUGUGCAUAGCCACCUGAGACGAGACGAGACGGGACUGGACGAGGUCGGUGCGUGCCAUUUCACACGGCACUACCGCACUAGUCUGUGCGGCAGCCUCUCUCUCUCUCUCUCUCUCUCUCUCUCUCUCUCUCUCUCUCUCUCUCUCUCAUCCUCUGCAAUGCAAAAAUAUGGAUGCGCCCA